ACCAUUUUUUAUACUAAGAAAUGGAAAUAUGAAAACCCUUUCUAGUUCCAUCCCCUAAUUUCACGCUCCCUCGUUUUCCCUUCCAAAUUGGGUUUUUAAAUUUAAUCUUAGCUCCAAGAUCAGAGGGAAAAAAAGUUGACCCGUUACAAUUUCUUGUUAUACAUAUACUGUUCAUCUCAAGGAAUUUAUUCAAGGGAAGACGGGGAUAAUGAGGGAAGUGGACUCGAAUUGGUUUGCUAAAUGGGAAGAUGAAUUGCCAUCACCAGAUGAGUUGAUUCCCUUAUCCCAAUCUCUAAUUUCGACUGAUCUAGCUCUAGCCUUCGAUAUUAGAAACCCACAUCAAAUAGCGGCGGCGACGGUGCCACCGCCGUCGCAGCUUCCUCAGUCUACUGCUAACUCAUCGGCGGAAUUUGACUCAGCUGAUUUGGGCGGUGGAGGAGAGGGCGGCAGUGGCGGGGGAUCCGGGGCUGGAGAUGAACCGGCACGGACGUUGAAGAGGCCGCGGCUCGUGUGGACGCCUCAGCUGCACAAGAGGUUUGUGGAUGCUGUGGCCCAUUUGGGAAUCAAAAAUGCUGUCCCCAAGACCAUAAUGCAGCUCAUGAGUGUGGAUGGACUCACUAGAGAAAAUGUUGCUAGUCAUUUGCAGAAGUACAGGCUCUAUUUGAAGCGGAUGCAGGGAAUUUCGAGUAAUGGUGGCGGUGUUGGUGGAAAUAAUUCUCCGGCAGCACUGGCUGCCGUGGGUGUAGACCCUGCUAUGGACCAUUUAUUCGCCAGCUCGCCAGUGCCAGCGCAUUUUCUGCAUCCCAGCAGGGCAAAUUCCGACCAUUUUCUCCCAUUUUUGCCAGUUGCAGCAAUGCAGAAUCAUCAUCAGAUGGCGGUGGCGGGGCAAGGGGCUCACCACCAUCAGCUGCAGCAGCAAUUCAGGCAUUUUGGGACUUCACCACCCAAUGGGCAAUUUGAGCAUCCCUUUAUGAGGCAGUCACAACAGCAGGUGCAAAGGAUGGGUACACCGGUGCUCGGUAGAAAUGGUUCCUCGGUGGUGCCACUGCCGUAUGUGGAGGAGUUGGAGUCAGCCACUGCCACAAAUGGAAGGAAAGUUCUUACUCUGUUUCCUACUGGUGAUGAUUGAAUAUGGAGAAAUUAUCGAAUUUUUAUUGAAACUCUGCAUUUUCCUGUCAAUUUUGCUUUUGAGUAUUGUGAAAAAAUCCUUCAUGAUGAAACUAUCUAGCAUUCGAUUUAGAUGUAGUACCGUGUUAAAUUUAUGCUCAUAGGUGUUGUUGAUGCUCUAGAUUGAGUUCUUCGCAUAAUCAGGUCAUCAUGAAAUGAUUUAGUAGUUAUAUUCUUUGUAAGGACCUGGUUCGUGUCUUUUAGAAUGAGUCAUUGCAUCGUGUCGAUUCUGUUGUGAAGGAGUCCAGUUCCAUGAUUUUGCAAGUGUAAUUAAGUCGUUACCAUGUUUCGGCCAUGUCGGUUCUGUUGACAGAUAUUGACCCCGGGCUACCAGUGACGGAUAUCGACCAUGAUGUCACUUUUGGCAGCAAUAUUGUCAUAACCGGCGUUGAAAUGAGUACUUAAAAGCAUGGGAAAUCUACCAAUAAAAUGUUCGAGUUGGUAUGUCGAUGUCUGAAGCAAACAAUUGUUUAACUCUUGAUCGUGCAGCGAAGGAUUGCUGUCCUGAGACUGCCUAAUAUGGUACUGUAUUUUCUUGUUGAUUUCCUUUGUUCUCUCGUUUCCUAGUGUAGCCUUGCGUAGAGUCGAGUCCUACUUCUUGUAAAUGCUGUUGUUUUAUGCAGACAUUUAAACCUUGAUAUUUGGAAAUCUUGCAGAGAAACCUUAACAAUUCUAGUGAUAUGUGAUGUUCCUUCUACAUUUGUAUCCUGUCAAACAAACUCUAACUGCAGCUGCAUUUCCUUAAA